GAGCCAGUCCCAGGCAGGCUGUAGUGCCACUGAGCCGGGUACAGCAGACAGACACAGAGAAGGGCUGGUGCAAGGAGGAAGGCUCCUCAUGACGCCGGGUUUUACCGGGAACUGAAAAAAACAUCUACCUGUUUUGAAGGAGGAAAUUUACGAGAACAGAAUGCUUCGUGUUUGGAUGCUGAUGGCGGCCGUGCAGGCGGUGGUUGUGGGUGGAGAGGCCGAGCAGUCGUUGUCAAGCAAGCAGGGGUCGUUGCCAUGCACGAGGGGGUUUACACAGGAGGAAUACAUCAUCGAGAUGGAGCCAGAGCUGGCGAAGGGACAGGCUGUCUGCAACGUGAGCUUCCUGGACUGCGGCGGGGGGAAAGUCUGGUUCCAGGUUGAAGAUAAACAUGAUUUCAGUGUGAAUGAGGACGGUGGGGUCUACGCCCUGCACCACCUAAACCUGCUGGGAAAGGAGAAGGCUGUGCUGGUCUACGCCCAUGACCUGCACACGAAACAGGUCUGGAAGGCCAGAAUUCAUCUCCGUGUUCAUCCGAGCAACAGCACUCAAACGGAGGUAAAGCUCGGUGAUGCAACACUGACUCAGCAGGUACCAGAGAUCUUGUUUCCAUGGCGCAGCGUGGUUGUCAGAGGCGAUGGUACUCUGAGGCGGGUGAAGAGGGACUGGGUCAUUCCGCCUAUCAACGUUCCCGAGAACUCACGAGGACAGUUCCCUGAGGACCUAGUCAGAAUCCGCUCAGACCGGGAUAAGAACCGAAUGCUGCGCUACAGUGUGACGGGACCUGGGGCUGACCAGCCUCCCACUGGGAUCUUCAUCAUUAACCCCAUCUCAGGCCAGCUGUCGGUCACCAAGCCUCUGGACAGAGAGCACAUCUCCAAUUUCCACUUGCGAGCCCACGCAGUGGACCUGAAUGGGAAUCAGGUGGAGAACCCCAUCGACAUCGUCAUUAAUGUCAUCGACCAGAACGACAACAGACCAGAGUUCACUCACAGCAUCUUUAAUGGCUCCGUGCCCGAGGGAUCCAAGCCUGGAUCCUUCGUGAUGACGGUGACAGCAGUGGACAAGGAUGAUCCAAAAACUGCCAACGGGAUGCUGAGAUAUAAAAUCCUUUCCCAGAAUCCCCAGAGCCCCUCCUCCAACAUGUUUACCAUUAACAACAAGACUGGUGACAUCAUCACUGUGGCGGCAGGCCUUGAUCGGGAGAAAGUCACGCAGUACACCCUGAUCAUCCAGGCCACGGACAUGGAGGGGAAUCCCACCUACGGCCUUUCCAACACUGCCACCACCGUCAUCAGGAUCACUGAUGUCAAUGACAAUGCUCCAGAGUUCACCACAGAGACAUUCUUCGGAGAGGUUCACGAGAACAGGGUGAACGUGAUCGUGGCUAACCUGACCGUGACCGACAAAGACCAGCCUCACACUCCGGCCUGGAGCGCCGUGUACCGCAUCAUCGCCGGGGACCCCACGGGACGCUUCUCCAUCCCCACUGACCCCACCACCAACGAGGGCCUCCUCACCGUGGUCAAGCCCAUAGAUUACGAGAGCACCCGUUCCUUCAUGCUGACUGUGGAAGCGGAGAACGAGGUCACGCUGGUCCGCGGCAUCCACUUGCCUCGUCAGUCCACGGCAACCGUCUCUGUUCGAAUCCUGGAUCUGAACGAGAGCCCGGAGUUUCGCCCAAACCCGAAAUCCAUGCGACUGGAGGAGGGUCUGUCGGCCGGGUCCAUGCUCACCACUUUCACUGCGCAGGACCCCGACCGCUACAUGAGACAAACUAUCAGGUACUCCAAGAUGUAUGACCCUGCCAACUGGCUGGAGAUUAACCCGGCUAACGGACAGAUUUCCACCAUCGCCAUUCUUGACCGAGAGUCUCCAUAUAUCAAGAACAACCACUACAACGUUACCUUCAUGGCAUCUGAUAACGGUACCCCCCCUGCCAGUGGGACAGGCACCCUUCAGAUUUACCUGACUGACAUAAAUGACAAUGCGCCUCACGUGUUCCCGCCGGAGGUGGAAAUGUGUGAGAGGCCGGAGCCCAAUGCUCUCAACCUCACAGCCAGCGACCCCGACCUGAGUCCCAAUGCUGGACCCUUCGCCUUCGAGCUGGCCAAUCGUCCCUCAGAUGUACGUCGCAACUGGACUCUGCAUCGCCUCAACGGUGAGCAUGCCCAGCUUCGACUGCGGAUAGGCUUCCUGGCCAGCGGGCUCUACGAGGUUCCCAUCACAAUAACAGACUCUGGCAACUUGCCCAUGUCCAACACAUCCUACCUGAGGGUCAAAGUGUGUCAGUGUGAUCACCAUGGAGACUGUGUGGACAUGGAGCGGAUCAUCGCAGCUGGACUGGGCACCGGAGCGAUCAUCGCCAUCCUCAUCUGCAUCAUCAUCCUGUUAGUGCUGGUGCUGCUGUUUGUGAUGUGGAUGAAGAGGAGGGAUAAGGAACGCCAGGCCAAGCAGCUCCUCAUCGACCCGGAGGACGACGUACGCGACAACAUCCUGAAAUAUGAUGAGGAGGGCGGUGGAGAGGAGGACCAGGACUAUGACCUUAGCCAGCUGCAGCAGCCUGAUGCCCUGGAGCCAGAGUGCGUCAAAGUGGGGAUCAGACGUCUGGAUGAGAGGCCCCUCCACCAUGACCACCAGUACCCGCUCCGCUCCGCAGCCCCCCACCCAGGAGACAUAGGCGACUUUAUCCACGAGGGUCUGAAGGCAGCAGACAACGACCCCACCGCUCCUCCCUACGACUCCCUGCUGGUGUUUGACUAUGAAGGCAGCGGCUCCACCGCCGGCUCCCUCAGCUCCCUGCACUCCUCCUCGAGCUGCGGAGACCAGGAUUACGACUACCUGGGCGACUGGGGGCCGCGCUUCCGCAAGCUGGCCGACCUGUACGGCGGAGGGGAUGAUUAGCAUUCCCUACUAACAACGGCCACUCUGCCCCCCACCCUUGCUUCGGAGCUCAGGUGGCGGGUGGGGUAAAGAAAGAUGAAAUUGGGUAAACACGGGGUUUGGAUCUGCACUUCUGUAUUUCUGCGGGACAGCUUGUAAAGAGACUCGCUGCCUCUUAAGGACAGUUUGAUGGCACUAGGGGCCAUGCUGACUCCUGGCCUAGCAAGGCCUGGCACUGGCUAGCAUUCAGGCUAGCUGACAUGAUCUGAGCAUUAGCCUCGGUGCUAACAAACGCACGCAGCCAGAACAAUGCUCUCAGAGAGGAUGUUGUCUUUGUGAUGGUCGAGAGCUUCGACAGCCAUGCUACAGACGCUCAUUUACACUUGAAUCUUACAGUACAGCAGCACUGGGGUCAAAUGUGCCUUUUGUACAUUCUUUUGAUUGUGUUCAGUCUUGAUUCUUUUUGUUGCUUUAAAUUUCCUGGUGUUUUGCAGCAGCAACUGGAGGAGCACUGCGCCAUGUUAAUGAGUGUGUGUGUGUGUGUGUGUGCGAGCAAGUGUAAACCGUUUCCACAGAGACACACUGGAUGGAUACUCUAAAGGGCAAAGCCUACUAUGAGAUGCCUUGGAUGAUCCUACCAGCAAAAACAUGGCUUCAGUGUGCAGCUCUGGGUUUCACUCGGCCUACAGCAUCAAACGUCUAGACUUGGAUCUGAUGCAACACAUUGUAGUUGCAGUUGCAGCUGCGUGUGUUGCUUGGUGGCAGUGGUUGCUCAUUUUCACAGUGCUCUAGUAUUAAUGUGACUGUCUGCAUCAACAAACCUGGACAAGCUCAGAAGUUUUCAUUUUCUCAGAGCUUCUUCGCACGCAUUCAGUAUCCGUCCUGGUCUUUGAGUGAACAGGAACGUUGCCUCGUCUGGCUUUCACUCUUACAUGCUCGAGAACAUUUAGUUGGCCAAAAUGAGUUUAAACAACUGUUUCUGAAUCUGUGAGGUUUGUGCAAACACACGAUGUUAUUUGUGGUGCAGUUAAACUGUUGUGGUUAUGUCCUUGCUGUGCGUUCACAAAAGGGAAUUCAGAAUGGGAUGCAGUUUAGCUUGUUUGCAGGAUGACAAAACACUGAAGCAAAGCAGUGAAAAACAAGAAGAUAAAAUAUAAUUUCCAUUUGGGUGUUUGUGCAGAUGAAAGCAAAAGAAAAAGAAAGAAAAAUGGCAACAAAGCAUCAAGGCCACAAACAAAGGAGCUGGAAUCUAUAAACAUUUCAAGCGUUUUUGUUUGCUGAGCCGCUGUUGGAGGAAGUGACAGAUAAAAUUAAAAUUCCCAUCAUAAAAGAAAUGGAUUGAGUAAUGAAAUAUUUAAUGAAUAUGACAGAGAUGCAGCAGUGGGGCUGUGUCUGGGCUGAGCAGACGCACUCUGGAUGGAGCUUUUAUUUACAGGUGAGCAUUUAUGUUUGAUGAACAGGUUGUGGACAGAAUAUAAAGCAGCUGACUGAUGUUCAGCCUCGACAGCCUGGAUAUGCAUAGUUGUAUAAAAGGAAAUUUUAAGGUACAGGAAACCUAGUGGUAAUGAAGACGACAACAACGUGGUAGUGUGUCUCAUGUACUAUCCAACCAACCUUUGCCCUUUUAGCAGGUCUGUGCAGAGCUACAGACACACACAGCAAACACAUUAGGAGCUGCUCAGCAUUCAGGACCAAAACUAAGUCAACAGGUCGUUUGUGUCCCACAGAAGCUGAAACAGUGACGUGUCACCUCCCAUUACUCUGUUUUUCAUAAGAACCAACAGAAGAAAGAGGACAUGAUCAGAGCUUAUCAGGAGCUCCUGUGGUUUCACUCGGCUUCCUCCAGCCUUCUCCUGUUUGUCGUCUCUCUGUUUAAGAGCAGAGUGAAUCCUGCCCACUAGUGUAAACCUGCUGCUGUCUGUGAGCGAAUUUCACCUUUUUACAAAGUUCAUAAACUUUCAGACACACAUUAGUUUCUGUUCACGCCACACGGCACAAAUUUGCAUCAGCUGCAUGGAUUUUGCUCCACACUCGGUGCUGAUGGGACUUCACAGUUCACUGCAAGAACGCGCCUCUUUUACAGCAUCUGUUUUUCAAAGUUCAGGCAGCUCAGCUGAUCUCAGUGCCAGCCUACAUCAGCUGAUGGCUCGGUUCAUCGGUAAAUGUGUGCUUGAAGCUGUUGUAGCCUUCUCAUAUUCUCUUUGCUUCUGCAAGCUACUUUGCAGCCCAGCCCAUCAGUGAAAAGCUGGAGCUGUCACAGGGGUAGAGGUGGGAUCUCCUGGACAUGUCACCAGCCUCACUCAGUCUCUUAUUCAAAUAAUUUACUAAUGACCAAAUAACCUAACCUGGAUACUUUUUAAUUCUUACUGCAGAAGCAUGCACACUUCAUACAGGACGCCCUCCGCUUAUUUAAAUGUGUCUCUGUCACUCACCCACGUUGCUUUCAGGCUUUUUAGACAAUGAAAGUGACUUUGUGUGACAGCACACGCUCCAUCCUGUGACAGUGGUCAUUGGUGAUCGACGUCCUCGGGCCCUUUUUUGAUUUCACUCAUCAGGACUAGUUUUUGCCUGUGAGGCUGAGCCACCAUAAGCUGCUCCAGGGAUUCACCAAACUCAACAUUUUUAAAGGGCUUUGAUGAAGUUGCAUGUUAGCGACACGAACAACCAAAAAAGCGUAGCCGUGGACAUCAGUGUCUCACUUCUAAACUUUAAUAAAAGGUCCAGUUUUAUGCUUUUUGAAGCCGAUUUCCAGUAUUACCAGGUAAUUGAAGUAAACAGUUUGCUGCACCUGUAAAAUUGAGUGCAGGGCGCACCACGCUCAGCACCGACGUGCCAUCUUGGUGAAGCUGUACGAGUAACAUCGUUCCUUUGAUGUUGUUUGAAACAAAGGUUGGUCAGACCCAGAGCUGCACAGAGGAGCUGGAUAUUUUUGCAAGUUUGAUUUUCCAAAGCUGGUGAGAAGACAUGUACAGUAAUGCUAGACUUUAGAUAGAUACCUUCUGUUGUUUUUUGUUUUGCUUUUAUCACGAUGUAACGUAUGCAGCUGAUUGCUAAUAAAGGAAGUCAUCAGUCCUUGUUUUGUAGCAAAGAUACUUCUUGAUACUCUGCUGUGGUGGAUUAAAAAGGCAAUGUUUUCUUCUGUCUGCUGAUGAUUUGCCUUAGUGUUCUCUGGUACUCUUCAACUGGCUACUCACUGUAAACUGAAACAUGUACAGAUUGUAUUUUUCUCUUGUUGUUCUUUUGGCUGUGGUCUCUGAAAAUGACAUGCUAAUAUCUUGAAUCCUUGUAUAUGUGUAAUUUGGAUUACAAAUUAAAACGUUUUUGCAUGUUUUUAUCUUUUUA